AUGAUGUCAAAUUUGAAUAUCAUCACGUCUACAGAGGUUGAGCUGUACAUAGAGAGUUUCAAUCAUUAUGAUUUUGAAGAAAUAGGCAGCUCAGGCUGGUUGCUACGUCAUAAGAGACUUCAAGAGUUAAGCCAGCAAGCUGUAAUUGAAGCAUCUGAUUAUCGGGAAGAGUAUGUCAAAAAUAUGUUUAUAACUUUAGAGAAAGUACCCGAACUUGUUUACGAAGCAAUAUCAAUUUCCGUCUGGCGUCAAAAAAUCUUGCCUAAACUAUUGGAUCUUCGACCUGAAGACUGCCCGACUAAUUUAACAGUGUAUAUUGUUCUCAUGCACGAACUAACCGCAGCAAAUUUAUUGGAAACUGUGAUGUUUCAUUCCGAUUCAUGUGUGCAACUAGAUGACAAAAUCUAUGAUUUAUUAGAUUAUGCUGCUGAAAGUGUAAGCGUACUUAUAUCACUCGUUUCUUCGGGGUACAAAAUGGAAGGUCCUUUAACAACAACAGCAGGACUCACGAACGAGGAAGAGUUUGAUUAUCAAAAGAAACAUUUUCAAUUUCAACUUGGUACAUUAUGUACUUCAAUUUUAUGCUAUAUUGUUGAACAUUUGCCAAAAUUACCAGUAGGUGUUGGAGCUAGAUUAGUUGUGGCACAGGAUCUUCCACUUAUGAUGGCUGAACUGAUUUCACUUCAAAUGUGGGUUAAACAAGACGACAAAGGUUGGCAUAAGUAUAUAAAUGGCAAGUGGAAACAUGUAACCGGAGGCGAUAUAAUAAAAGUAGCUCCCGUAGAAGGACAAAUAUGGAUAUGUUUAAGACAACUUUUGUUAGACCAAUCGGUAAUGUCGUAUUAUGAAUUAUCAGAUUUCCGUAGAAGCAGAUUGUCGAAAGUCCAACGAUUUCUGCAUGAUACAUUUAUAGAUCAGCUACCACCAUUAUGUGAUCUCAAACACUUUUUAGUAACUAUGUCUUUAACGUCACAAGGUGAACAGUCGAACAAAAAAGCAAUGUUAUUAGAAAUAGUUCCCGAAAUCAAGAACGACCUAUUAAUAAAAUAUCGUGGCAAGUGGAAAGAUAUAGCACUAAAACAGGCUGAGUUGCUGUUUCGAAAAGAUCAUGAAGCUAUGAUGGAUAUAGCAAAAACUAUAAGUGGAUCUUAUAGCAAUGAAGCUUUGGAAUUUUUUGAUCAACAAGGUGAAACAAUUUGUGGUAAUUGUGGCAAAGGUGCAAGUAAGAAGUGUUCUCGAUGCAAGGGUGAGUGGUACUGUGGACGUGAAUGUCAACUACAACGUUGGGCUUUACACAAAGACAUCUGUGACCAACUGGUCAAAGAAUUUACUGUAAAAUAA